AUUACAACAGAUUAAUUGAUAAUUAUUGAAUAUGCUAAUAAAUAAAAUAUCUAAAUAAUUAUUGGAUUAAAUAAUUAUUGUAAAUAAUUGUUAAUUUUAAAUAAUUAUCUAUGAUGUUUUAGUUAAGUAAUUGAGUAAGUUGAAAUAAAUAUUUAAAUAACUACCUAUCGUAUUAAGUUAAAUAACUACCUAGUUAAAUUAAUUAGAUAACCAAAUGGUAUGUAUCAUAAUUACUCUAUGAAAAAACAAGUAAUUGCUCAACAAAUAAUUAUUAUAAGAUAUUAAUAGAAAAUUAUUGAAUAUGUUUAGAGAUGGCGUCACGUGACAAUUCUGGAGGAUCACAUAGUUCUGGAGGAGCUGGAAAGAGAUUGAGAAGAUUCGAUGGCCGUAACAUUAGCGCUAGUGCGAGAAAUAGGGGCCCAAAUGAUAGAGAUGAGCCACAGCCACAGCCACAGCCACAGAUGACACCGAUGAGAUUUAGGGCAGACGGUUUCCCUGAGUUUGAUUUUCAGUUGCCUAGUAGGGCUGGUAGUGGAGCUGGUCCUAGUAUUGAUCAUCAUACUUCACCGUUUGAGCCUUCAGACAAGAUUGACGACGAGUCGGAGGAGUAUGAGUCGGAUGCUGUUGAGCAUCGGAUUCCACGAGUCAGUCCGAUCAGAGACAGAGUUGCCCCCAGCGGAUCGUCACAUGUCGUUACUGGGGUUCAUACUGUUACUGGGAUCUAUAGAGACCAUGCAGGGCGUUUCUAUAGAGCUCCACAGCCUGGUGAGGGCCAGAGUGGUACUGCUGAUGUGGGAGAGGCCUGGGAGCCUAGAGGACCGUGUCCUGGAGGGCCGAGCGACCCGAGUUUGCUCCGUAGCUUUCUUGGGCAUGUUGCCCACCGUCUGUACACGGGAGAGGCUGAUAGAGGGGUGAUCAUUUGCUACGACAGGAGUUCGACCCUCCACCACGUUCUCGGCGGUUAUGAGAUAGCAGAUGAUAAUGCUAGGACUACCGUAGAGACAUCGGGCCUUGCUCACCUCGUUGAUAUCACCUUCCAGAGCGAGUUGGAUCCUGCUCUCAUCUCGGCAUUUGUAGAGAGGUGGCAGCCGGAUACCAACACCUUCCACAUGCCGUUUGGAGAGAUGACGAUCCUCCUUCACGACGUGGCACACAUUCUUGGGCUUGCGGUUGAUGGAGAGGCGAUGGUAGUGGAUCCGAGGCAGUUGGAGAAGUGUUCACUGGAGACUGACAUCCGAGCACUACUGGUCGACUUUGUACUGGUACUGGUACUGGUCGACUUUGUAGACCCCGACGUUGUGCUUCCCGACUUCUUUUUCAUGUCUUUCUUCUUGCCUCGCAAUAUCUUUUCCCACCACCCUUUAGUUCUUCCGGUUGAUUUUUUGGCUGGGCGUCCCUUUCGUGAUUCGUUCACUUCUGGCUCGUGAAUGUUGUCUUCCGCCGGGUGGAGACCGCGAAAGACGUUCUUUGCUGCUUUUUUCGUUGCCUCUGGUCCUCUGCGUACAGCCUCAUCAACCAACUCCUGAAGGUGACAUUUAGCCUCCUCCUCCUGGGGAACGUACUCCUGAGCAUUGGGUGGAUGCUCGUAUGACAGUGUCCGCCAAUAUAUAUGAAUAUCACCG